UGGCGUCUCCGUAUUUUGUUUCACGCAUUUUUGAGGUUAGCUGUAUUUUUGUGUUUAGUUUUACCAUAAAGGUAAUCGCUCUGAUUUAAUUAGUAAAAAAUAAUUCCACUGAUUCAUUGCACUUCCUCUUUUCACCUUGGAAACUUGCGCGCGCUCGCCCGGAAGGGAGCACGUGGUCAGCGCUCCAGCAUCUGCUGUGGUGGGAAGGUGUGACCUCAGAUUUUCCCCUCGCGCUCUUUUCGCAGAGUUGGAGAUAAACUACUGCGUGGCUGUCCGCCAAAACGGCCACCAAACCUCCAGCACGCGCGCUCUCACAGUAAACACCUUCACACCAUUAUCCACGGGAUUACCUUGUUUUCUGUGACACCUGCUACCUUUUUUUUUUGGGUGUGCGCAGCUUUGACCCUGCCAAUGGGGUUUGUGUCCGACAGGUAUUUGAGGUAUUUAAGAAGAAAAUAAAUAACAACUUUUGGUUGUUUCCAUUGGAAACAUCACGUAUCAAGCUCCAGAGUAAAACAUGUCAGACACCAUGUUUGGCAGUGAGAAUGAGCACUGGGUCUGUCCCAAUGACAGACAACUAGCGCUCAGAGCAAAAUUACAUACAGGCUGGUCCUUCCACACGUUUCAGUCAGAGAGACAGAGGAAAGCUCAGACACUUGAGAAAAGAGAGCUGGAUCUCAUCAUGAGUGUCAUCCACCGCGCUGAACAGCUUGAGAUCAUUGAGCAACACCGGAUUGGGCGUUUAGUGGAGCGUCUGGAGAACAUGAGAAGAUCUGCUGUGGGAAACGGCCUGUCACAGUGCCUGCUGUGUGGAGAAGUGUUUGGUCUGCUGAGCUCUCCGUCCGUCCUCUGUUUGGACUGCUGCAUGAAGGUGUGCACUAAAUGUGGAAUCGAGACUGCAGGCAGUCAAAAGAGGGCUCAGUGGCUUUGCAAGAUCUGCAGUGAACGGAGAGAGGUGUGGAAACGUUCUGGAGCCUGGUUCUACAAAGUCUUGCCGAAGCAUAUUCGUCCCAUUAAGGAUUCAAUUCUAGAUAACAGGAAGCCAGUAAUAGAAAGAGGAGAGCUGCUGCCAGUGACCAGGAGUGCACCAAUAAGCUACACAUGGGCUCAAAGUAAAGUUAACUUAAGUGAAAGUGAUGGCAGUGAUGCUGAGCUCAGUGAAUGCAGCAGUGACAGGAAGACCUUCAUGUCUGAGACUGAUCAAAGAAGAGAUUCCGAAUCGAGCGGAGGCCAAGUGCAAACCCCCCUGCAGUCCAGCAUCACCAGUCCAACUCGAACUAGCUUUCACAUGGAAAGCCCUUCCAGCUUGACCAGCGAGCGAAGCAGCAACAGUUUCAAUCCAGGUCUGGAGGAAGAGAUCAUGGACCAUAUUCAACCUUUACUAACUCCCCCGGCCCUCAGCCGCGCCGGCUCCCUGCGGAGCACCUCUAUCAGCCAGAAGUCGGAGGGCCCGGCCGUGGACCCCAAACGGGAUGAGGACGACCUGGACCAAGCCUUUGGUGCCACCGCGCUUGUGGCCAGCAAGAAAGAAGAGGAGCCGGACGUGGAAGGCUAUGAUUCGGACGACUCCACUACGCUCGGCACUCUGGACUUCAGCCUUCUGUAUGAUCAGGAGAACAAUGCCCUGCACUGCACUAUCAACAAAGCCAAGGGACUCAAACCAAUGGAUCACAAUGGGCUGUCAGAUCCCUAUGUUAAGCUGCACCUGCUGCCUGGAGCUAGUAAGGCCAAUAAGCUCCGCACAAAGACCCUACGCAACACUCUCAACCCAGUCUGGAGUGAGACCCUCACGUAUUAUGGGAUAACUGAUGAAGAUAUGGUUCGCAAAACACUCAGGAUUUCAGUGUGUGACGAGGACAAAUUCCGCCACAACGAAUUCAUUGGUGAAACCCGAAUCCCCUUGAAGAAACUCAAACCCAACCAGACAAAGAACUUCAGCAACUGUUUGGAGAAACAACUUCCUAUCGACAAGACAGAUGACAAGUCUCUGGAGGAGCGAGGGCGCAUCAUGAUCUCUCUGAAGUACAGCUCUCAGAAGUGUGGCUUAGUGGUAGGCAUCAUCCGCUGUGCCCAUCUCGCUGCCAUGGAUGCCAAUGGCUUCUCUGACCCCUAUGUUAAAACGUAUCUCAAGCCAGAUGAGAACAAAAAAUCAAAGCACAAGACAGCUGUCAAAAAGAAGACCCUCAACCCUGAAUUCAAUGAAGAGUUUUUCUAUGAGAUCAAGUAUGCUGACCUCAGCAAAAAGACCCUGGAGGUGACCGUUUGGGACUAUGACAUUGGCAAAUCCAAUGAUUUCAUUGGUGGAGUCUCUUUAGGUAUAAAUGCCAAUGGCGAGAGGCUAAAACACUGGUUUGACUGUCUGAAAAACAAGGACAAGAAAAUCGAGCGCUGGCACACAUUAACCAAUGAACUCCCUGGUUCAGGGUACAAUGACUGAGAGGCUCUCUUUCCAGUGGAUGCCCCGAUGCCCGCCCCUUUCCUACAUGAUGUCCAUGUAAAGCCCAGCAGCCGGUGAUGGAUGGAUCAACACUCCCAACAGUCCACUGAUUUAGAGAUGGGUGCCAGUAUCUGUUCCCACAUAACACACCUGCUCUAUCUCUUGUACUUUUUCUGGUGUUGAGCUUGCCGUCUGAUUGUGUGGCUUGAUGUGGCUUUUGGGCUUAUAUAAGGGUCUUUAAUCACCCUGUGCUUGUACAACCUCAUUGAAAAUGGAGAGAUGUUGUUCCAACAGCCAACAAGAGAUCAGUUCCUGUUUUCAAAUAUUUAACCACACUCUACUGCUCUCUUUCUCCGUUCUCUUGAGGUUUAAUGUGUAUUCAAGAAUCCUGUUUACAGAAAUUAGCUGUCAGUAAAUGUAUCAUUAUGCGUGUGCAUCAUGGCAGCAAAGGGGCUCUGAAAAUACACUUUCCAAAACAAUAUUGUUUACAGUCCAAAACCUUUCUGAUGCCUAUCUUAAGGCCAGACUAUAAACUACACAAUUGUAUUUUACAGACAGAUGAUUGUGAAGAUUAUAUCGGUUGGUGGAAGUUAAAGAAUUGUAGUUCUUACAAUAUAAACUCCCAACAAAUUUGUUAGUUUUUACUUGCCCCUUCUCCUAGUUUGUGGGUGUACUUAAUGGGUGUAAUUUACCUUUUAGUUUUAGUACUCUCACUGCAAAUGAACAGUGUGCCACUGACAUUAAGACGGCACACAGCAGAGAUUCAAUAGCCAUUUUUAUAGAGAGAAAACAGUUUACACGAGAACACACAAAAAUGCAGAAAAUGCUCUAUUCUAGAAAUUAAUACUAUGGAUUGAUUAUUGAUUUUUGGAUUAAACACUGUGCCCAAGCCCAAUUCAUAUAUUGCAUUAACAUCUUUUACUCUAAAAAAUUUUUCAGUCUGUAAAUCCAAAAAAAAAAAAAAAAAAAAAAUGGACUGACCAAACAAUUGUUUUGAGAUUUAUUAAUGGCAUGUUUAUCUUAUUCUUCCUUUAAGCAUUUUAAAGAAGACUAAAUAUAUUUUUUUAAAUACUGUGUUAAAAGUCAUUUAACAUGUUUAUUUUAAUUUUGUGGCAUUAAAUUAUAACCAGUGUAUUAUUUUAACCUUUCUGUGUUAUUGCAUAUUUAGCAUGCCGUCGGUGGUCAUCGUAAAUAUUAUUACUGUAUAUUUAAGUUAUGUUUUUUUUUCCCUCAUUACAGAUUUUAUUCAUUAAAGUAAACUCUAGAUUGGAGAAAAGACUUCAGAUGUUGGCCAUUUAUUAAACACAUUGAAAUUCCAAGGCGAGCUGUCUACAGCCCUACGAUGCAUGUUCACCAACUCAGAAACCUUAUCUAUCUGACACAGUUCAUUGUGCAAGCAACUCCUGUGACAUUUUUGUAAUUUUUUUGCUUUUGUACACAAACUCUAUGGCAUAAAAAUGCAUGCAAUGUUCUUGGGCUGUCAUUAAAAUAACUUUGCUUAAUGUUUGAUACUGCUGUUCUCCUCUGUAAAAAGAGAGUUCCUGCUCUUGGAUGCUACAGGAAUGUCAGCCUUCCUUCUCUGACCGUUUUUGUACUUUUGAACGCUAUCACAUCGCCCGUCAGUUUGCUCUAUUGACUGGACAUGUGACUGCAUGUUACAAAAAAUAAAUCUUGUCUUGUUUUGAUCAUUUUAACUCUCAGGCAAUUGUUUGCAUAUGAUAGUGGUUCUCUGAUGAAGUCAAUAUAUUUCUUCUGGUUCACCUUAAUCUUGCACCGAAUGGCCGAAUUAUCGUGCCUUUUCUUUUGUAACAGUGUGUUUUUGCACCACUCACUUUACAGAGAUUGAAAUUAGCUUUUAAUAUGGAAAUAAUACAAUACAUAUGGCAUAGUUAUAUUCUUGUCUGUGUUACACUUAAAACAUUGUCUCUUGUAAUAUGCCUCUUAAAGACACAUUAUGGGUAUCCUUACACUGUGUGAUAGUGCCGUUGAUGGCAUGGGUGCAAGGCUGAGGUGGAGGAUGCUUGUAUAACUUCAGAUUCUGGCAUCUGGUAGUGUUAAACAUUCAGACUAAAAAAGAAACUUAUUGGCUUUGUUUGCUGCCUCACUCAUUAUACAUCUUAAAUCGUGUGUUCUUUGUUUAUUUAAACCAUGUUAAACCAUGUUCAUUUUUGUGCACGUCAUGUUUAUGUUGUUAAAAGCCACCUGAAGUGAAAAUAUAAUGAACCACUGAAAGUAUUAAGGGUUUAAUUAUAAAGUCAUUAUCAAGUGCUGUCAGACACCAGAAUCUGUUGUUUACUUUCAUUUCUGUCCAAUUUCAAAACUGUUCAAGUAUUAUAUCCAGAGUGUUUUUUUUUUUUUACUAUGGCGAAUGAUAUUUGCUAUUUACAUGUUCAGAACUGGAAACCCAUAUCAAAUAAAGUAGAAAAAUAAAAUGUUCACCUCUUUUUGUCUUGGACAUUAAUAUCAAACUGGAAGAAAACUGUGCCCUUGGAACUCUGCUUAAAAAAAAAACUGAAUAUUGAAUAAAAAUGAUUUCAAAAAUAA